AGGAUGGCUCAUGGAAUUCCUUCACAAGGCAAAGUUACCGUAACAGUGGAUGAAUACAGCUCAAAUCCAACCCAGGCAUUUACACACUACAACAUCAACCAGAGCAGGUUCCAGCCUCCACAUGUACAUAUGGUCGACCCUAUCCCAUAUGACACUCCAAAACCAACGGGCCACACGCGAUUUGUCUGCGUCUCAGACACACACUCCAGAACAGAUGGCAUCCAGAUGCCUUAUGGGGACAUCCUUCUCCACACAGGCGAUUUCACCGAGCUGGGACUGCCCUCCGAGGUUAAGAAGUUUAAUGACUGGUUAGGAAGCCUGCCAUAUGAAUAUAAAAUAGUGAUUGCUGGGAAUCAUGAACUGACAUUUGAUAAGGAAUUCAUGGCAGACCUUGUUAAACAGGAUUACUACCGCUUUCCCUCUGUGUCCAAAUUGAAACCAGAGGACUUUGACAAUGUUCAGUCACUCCUGACAAACAGUAUUUACUUGCAAGAUUCAGAGGUAACAGUUAAAGGAUUCCGAAUAUACGGUGCCCCAUGGACACCAUGGUUUAAUGGAUGGGGCUUUAACCUACCCAGAGGUCAGUCUUUGCUGGACAAGUGGAACCUUAUCCCUGAGGGCAUUGAUAUACUAAUGACACAUGGACCUCCUCUUGGUUUUCGAGACUGGGUUCCAAAGGAGCUGCAAAGAGUUGGCUGUGUGGAACUGUUGAACACUGUGCAAAGGCGAGUAAGGCCCAAACUCCAUGUCUUUGGUGGAAUUCAUGAAGGUUAUGGCAUUAUGACAGACGGUUACACAACGUACAUCAACGCCUCAACAUGUACAGUCAGCUUUCAACCAACCAAUCCUCCAAUUAUAUUUGACCUUCCAACCCCUCAAGGAUCAUGA